AGACUAAGAAUGCUGUGAGCGCCAUCCACCCCGCACCUGCAAACACCUACUCGCCCCACUCCUCCACCUCGGACACCUUCCAUUCCAUCUGCACACGCAACCCCUGGUCUGGCCGGAUGAGUUACCACCCGGUGGACACGAUAGGGAGUCCAUUCAGGAGAAGUAUGGAUAGUAGGACCACCUACGGCCGCUCCACUGGCACCCCCUCCAGCGGGUUCCGUUCUCAGUCCUGGUCCCGGGCAAGCCCAGGCUCCACGAUGACCUCCUCCUACAAGAGGAGCGUCAAUAUGCCGGUAGCCAGAGCGUACAGCUCCACACUCCUCAGCUCCGCCGACAACGUUGAUUUCAAUCAAACGAACGGAGACUACAAGCGCUCCAACGAGAAAGAGCAGCUCCAGGGGCUCAACGACCGCUUCGCCGGUUACAUCGACAAGGUGCACUACUUGGAGCAGCAGAACAGCCAGAUCGAAGAGGAGAUCCAGACGCUGCGGCAGAAGCAGGUGUCGCAAUCCCAGCUAGGCGAUUUAUACGACCAGGAACUCCAGGAGCUGCGCUCCAUGCUGGAGCAGAUUCACCACGAUAAAGCGCAGAUCCAGCUCGACACGGACCACGUCGAGGAUGACAUCCAGAGAAUUAGGGACCGCUUCGAUGAGGAAGCCCGCAUCAGGGAUGAGACGGAAGGCAUCAUCCGGGCGUUGAAAAAAGAUAUGACCGACUCUGAUUUGGUGAAGUCAGAGUUUGAGAAGAAAGUUCAGUCACUGCAUGACGAGAUUGCCUUUAUCCGCAACAACCACGAAGAAGAGGUGAGCGACCUGUUCGCCCAGGUGCAGGCGUCGCAGGUGACCAUGGAGAGGAAAGACAUCCAGAAGACGGACAUCACCGAGGCGCUCCGGGAGAUCCGCACCCAGCUCGAGGGCCACUCCAACCAGAACCUGCAGCAGGUGGAGGACUGGUUCAUGUGCCGCUAUUCCAAUCUCACUGAUGCUGCGGCACAAAACAAAGAUGCAAUCAAGUCCGCCCGUGAUGAGAUAGCAGACUACCGUCGCCAGCUUCAGUCCAAGACCGUGGAGUUAGAGUCCGUCCGUGGAACCAGGGAGUCACUGGAGAGGCAGUUGAAUGACAUCGAGGACCGACACAACAACGACCUGUCCAGCCUGCAGGAGACCAUCCACCAGCUGGAUAAUGAGCUCAAGGGCACGAAGUGGGAGAUGGCGCGUCAUCUGCGUGAGUACCAGGACCUGCUCAAUGUGAAGAUGGCCCUCGACAUUGAGAUUGCUGCAUACAGGAAACUCCUAGAAGGUGAAGAGACCCACUUUAGCACUUUCCCCUACCGCCACACCGUCACCUCCUCUAAGAAGUCCAAGUAUGAGCCUCCCAAAUUGAAAGUCCAGCAUAAGUUUGUAGAGGAGAUCAUCGAGGAGACCAGGGUAGAGGCUGAGAAGGAUGAGAUGGACCAGGCCCUGGCUGAGAUGGCCCAGGAGUUUUCUGCCACUCUGGAGGCAGAGGCAACAGAUGAAGGAGAGGAUGAGGGAGAAGAGGGAGGAGAAGAAGCAGAGGGAGAAGGGGGAGAGGGUGAAUCAGAAGAGGUUGUAGCCUCCACUGAAGCCCAAGUUAGCUCCAGCACACCUGCUGAGGAGGAAGAGGAGGACAAAGAAGGUGUGGAUGAAGAGGAAGAGGGAGAAAAAGAAGAAGAGGGUGAGAAAGGAGAAGAGGGUGAGGGUGAGAAGGGAGAUGAUACAGAAGGUGGUGAUGAGGGAGAAGGAGAGGGGGAUUUAGAGGAGACAGUCCUGUGCUCUAAAGCCCCAGAAUCAAAGGCCUCUCCUGACAAAGAGAAGGCUGGAGAGAAGGAGGGAAGCGGAGGAGAAGAGGAGACAGGAGAGGGAGAGGGAGAGGGAGAUGAGGAGGGUGAUGAUCAAGAUGAAGAUGCAGGUAGUGACAAAGGAUCCAAAGAUGGAGAUGAUAAGGAUGAGGAAGAUGAGAAGAAAGGAAAGGAUGAGAAAGAAGACAACAUAGAUGAGAAGGCAGCUGUAGCCAAGACAGAGGCUCCCAAAACAGAAGCCCCCAAGAGUGAGGCCCCAAAAGUUGAGGUCCAGAAAUCUGAGGCCCCAAAGCCCUCCAAGCCAGACUCCCUAAAAGCUGAAUCCCCAAAGGCUGGGUCCCCCAAGUCUGAGUCACCAAAAGCUGGAUCCCCCAAACAUGAAUCUCCUAAAGCUGUAACCCCCAAAUCUGAAUCUCCAAAACCUGGCUCCCCCAAAUCUGAAUCCCCAAAACCUGCUGGAUCCCCCAAAUCAGAAUCCCCAAAACCUGCUGGAUCCCCCAAAUCUGAAUCCCCAAAACCUUCUGGAUCCCCCAAAUCUGAAUCCCCAAAACCUUCUGGAUCCCCUAAAUCUGAAUCUCCAAAACAUGCUGGAUCCCCUAAAUCUGAAUCCCCAAAACUUGCUGGAUCCCCUAAAUCUGAAUCCACAAAGCCUGUUGGAUCCCCUACUUCUGAAUCCCCAAAACCUGCUGGAUCCCCUAAAUCUGCUGGCUCCCCCAAAUCUGAAUCCCCAAAACCUGCUGGAUCCCCCAAAUCUGAAUCCCCAAAACCUGCUGGAUCCCCCAAAUCUGAAUCCCCAAAACCUUCUGGAUCCCCUAAAUCUGAAUCCCCAAAACCUGCUGGAUCCCCUAAAUCUGAAUCCCCAAAACCUGCUGGAUCCCCCACAUCUGAAUCCCCAAAACCUGCUGGAUCCCCUACUUCUGAAUCCCCCAAAUCUGCUGGAUCCCCUAAAUCUGAAUCCCCAAAACCUGCUGGAUCCCCUACUUUUGAAUCCCCAAAACCUGCUGGAUCCCCUAAAUCUGAAUCCCCAAAACUUGCUGGAUCCCCUAAAUCUGAAUCCCCAAAAUCUGCUGGAUCCCCCACUUCUGAAUGCCCAAAACCUGCUGGAUCCCCUAAAUCUGCUGGAUCCCCCAAAUCUGAAUCCCCAAAACUUGCUGGAUCGCCCACAUCUGAAUCCCCCAAACCUGCUGGAUCCCCCAAAUCUUUAUCACCAAAACCUUCUGGAUCCCCCAAAUCUGAAUCCCCAAAACCUGCUGGAUCCCCUAAAUCUGAAUCCCCAAAACCUGCUGGAUCCCCUACUUCUAAAUCCCCCAAAUCUACUGGAUCCCCUAAAUCUGAAUCCCCAAAACCAGCUGGAUCCCCAAAAUCUGAAUCCCCAAAACUUGCUGGAUCCCCUAAAUCUGAAUCCCCAAAACCUGCUGGAUCCCCUACUUCUGAAUCCCCAAAACCUGCUGGAUCGCCUAAAUCUGAAUCCCCAAAACCUGCUGGCUCCCCCAAAUCGGAAUCCCCCAAAUUAGGAUCCCCCGAGGCAGAGUCCCCUAAGGGUGAGGCCCCAAAACCAGAAGCUCCAAUGUCAGAGGCCCCCAAGGCUGCAGAAGAGAAAGUAGACAAAAAGAGUGAUUCAGAGGAAGAGAGGAAGGUAGAAAAGAAAGACGCAGCCAUGAAGGGAGAUGUGGAGAAGAUUACCCCAGAGGACAAGGACAAGAAGGAUGAGGGUGGGAAAGAGGCAGAGGAGAAGGAUGUUAUCUCAAAUGGAGUGGACGAGAGCCCCACUAAAGAUGACCCGGACCAGAAAGAUGAUCCAAAGGACCAGAAGGUGGUCAUCACCAAAACGGUGGAGACCAUCACCACUGGAGAGGACGGGGCCAAGCAUGUCACCAAAUCGGUCACUGUCACCGAGACUGUGAAGGAGUCUGAGGAUGUGAUGCAGGAGAAGACAGUCUCCAGCAAGAAGAUGGAGAAACACUCUUCCCAGUCCGUCAAGGUGGUGACUGAAACUGAGUAACUGCGCUCUAUCCAACCCACUCAGGAGGAACAAAGAUGACACGACAACAAGCAAUCAACCCAGAACUAACAUAAAGAAAUCAUAGAGCUAGAGCGAUGUAAUAAAGUGAACCACUCUCAAACAUACAGAAAAGCAACGAGAGAAGCCAUAUGAUGUGACAAAGCUAACGUUUAAAAAAUGCAUGUUGAGAGAAAGCUUUAAAUGGGUUUUGCUGCAGAUAAUAUCAGGAAAAUGUGAUAGUGGGACAGAUUAUUAAUUGUCUUUAUGUUUCCCUGCAGUUCAUGGGAGGGCUCACGGGUGGGGGCUUCUGCAUGCUAGCUCAGGGAGGGAGACCCCUCCACUCUAACCUGUAUGGAUGGAUGGAAGGUUUACAGUUUAGAUGCAUACUGUAUGUGGGUGGGAGAGUGAUAGAAAUGUAUGUUCAUUCAAAUGUUAAUUCAAAAAGGGGUGCCUGGGUUGGAGGGUCCACUUUAGAGACACGUGUUCAAAAGGACUAGCCUUUUUAUGUGAAGAUACCAACUGAGCCAAAAAUACAAUUGUCUACCACACAAUAUAGUGAAGAAUGAGAAAGACGAUGGUGCAUUGUACUGAUGAUCAUAAACAUACAGUACCCGAAGCAACUAAAGCAUUAAGAACCUUGAAGAAACUCUGAGCCUUAAACAUGCUUUUUAUCAGUAUCUAUUAUGUUUACCUAAUGAGUGCCAUUGAAAAUAAAUAUGUAAAUGCGCACACAUACAUUCUUGUAUGCAUAGGAUGGACUUGAAUUUAAAUAGCGAACUUAAAUGAGGUGCUACAGUUUGCAAUCCCAUGUCUUUACUCAUCAUGAACUAUUUCCCAGCAGCAUUUGCUCAAUAAAUGUCAUACUGAAAUACAAA